AUGUCAACACCAGUUCAGCGAAAGAAAGCUAAUGACUCAUCGGUACCUUUUACAGAUACCUCAUACCAUAAUCAAAAAGAAUCCCGUAAAUCUUCCACUAUACUUAAACCAAUUUUGCAAGGAAUAGUACUUUUUAUAAUUGCAUUUUUUUUGACUAGUUAUUUGAUUACUGAGACUUGGACUUGGGGAUAUCAAAAUAAAUAUACAAAUUGGAGGAAUUGGAUUCCACGUAGGGAAAUUGUAUUUACUGAAGAAGAACUGGCUAAAUAUGAUGGAUCAGAUCCAAAUUUACCGAUUUAUAUUGCCUUGAAUGGAGAAGUAUUUGAUGUGACUAGCGGGAAACAUUAUUAUGGAAAGGGCGGUGGUUAUAGUUUCUUCGCAGGAAAAGAUGCUUCUCGAGCGUACAUAACUGGAUGCUUCCAAACUCAUCUUACUCAUGAUCUUCGUGGUUUAACACCUCAACAGAUCAAGGAUAUUGAAAAUUGGGCUUCUUUUUAUCGUGAUCACCAUUCUUAUUUUAAGGUUGGAAUUGUUAUGCAUCCACCUAUAGACCCGAGUUCGCCUAUUCCAGCACCGUGUGAUGAUGCUUCAGCUCCGAAGGAAUAA